AUGGUGAAUCUACGGCCUCGGCGGUCUUGCCGCACGUUGCCAGUCAGGCUGGUUGUGGACCAGGGAGGCGACGGGGAAGACUCAGAGAGGGAAAGCUCAGAAGAGGAAGGUCUGGACUUGGAGUUCCCCGAUGGAGACCUAGCAGCUGAGCCGAUGGCAGACGAGGAACAAGAGGAUGAGGAGGAUGAAGCUCCCGAAGAGGUGACGUUCGCCAGCGCCCAAGCAGAGGCCAAGGAGGAUGAGCGGCGCCUGCAGGACGCUUUGCGCAGAGACAAAGAACUCCUAAAGGAGAAGAGGAAGCGGCGGGAAGAACUGUUCACGGAGCAGAAGAAAAGAAAACUACUUCCUGCCACUGUUUUAGAAGAGUUAACUGCAGCUCCCCAGCCCAAAAUUAAUGAAUCAUCAUCAGAACUGAAAAAAGGUAAUGUGGAAAAUGAGAACAAGGAGAAGAAAGAAGAAAAAAUGUUCCCUACGCAAAUAAAGAAGAGAUACAUGGCCUGUAGACUAAAAGACCAAGAUCUGAUAGAUUUAAGGCAGCAAGCAGCCAAAGGCUUCCUGCAGAAGUAUUUAUACGGUCGAGGGAGCAACAGAACUACUGUAAACAAAUUUCUCUCCCUCAACAACAAGAGACUACUAGUUAAAAAACCUGCAGUCCAGUUUGUGAAUAAUAAUUGGGGAACAGAGAGAAAGCAAAGUGCUAAGAAGUUCAAAAAACAGUGGAUGCAUAAAAAGAAACUAGCUUCCAGAAGACCAAACAUCAUAUAA